AUGGCGAUCGCCGAGGUGCCCAGUCGGCCAAUGAUGUCCUGUGAACUGCGUAUAUCAAGUCUGGACGCGUUUUCGAGGAACCUGCGUGUAGUGCUUGCAGUCAGAGCAAAGUACGAGGCCAUCAUAGAAGUCGAGAAAGGUCUCAAGACCAAGAAGAAGAUAGCAGAAGAGUUUGGCAUCCCACAAAAUACGCUAUCAACGUGGAUUAAGAAUAAGGACAAGAUUAAGGCGAAAUUCCUGACCGGCAAUCUCGAGCUCGCAAGAAAAAAGGUGCGGACAGCAAAAUUCCCUGAUAUAGAAGCGGCCCUACUAGCGUGGUUCAAAAACGCCAGACAGCAGAAUACACCUAUCGACGGCGAGACCAUGAGGGCAAAGAAAAUCAGCGGAGAAGCAAACUCUGUAGACAAGACCGACGCAGCGUACACCAUGUGGCAGUCCCGGCUACAGACUAUCCUAGAGACUUACGCUGCCGACGACAUUUUCAACGCCGACGAGACGGCCAUUUUCUACAGGGCACUGCCAAAGAAGACUUUAGAGUUCAAGUCGAUAGCGUGUCACGGCGGAAAGGCAAGCAAGGAACGGCUGUCGGUCAUGGUCUGCGCCAAUAUGAGCGGCACAGAAAAGUUGCCUCUGCUGAUCAUCGGCAAGUCCCUGAAGCCUCGCUGUUUUCGGAGCAUCCAUCAUCUACCGACCACCUACCGGGCAAACAAAAAGGCGUGGAUGACGUCACACGUGUUCACCGAAUGGCUGAGGACCCUCGACGAGAAGAUGUUCCGAAAACGUCGCAAGAUCGCCAUGAUUGUAGACAACUGCCCCGCCCACCCGGACGUCUCAGACCUGAAGGCUAUACGUCUCGUCUUCUUGCCACCAAACACCACCAGCAUCACGCAGCCGAUGGACCAGGGCGUAAUCAAGAACCUCAAGAUCCACUACAGAAAACGUGUUGUUUCCAAGAAGCUGGUGGCCAUUGAGAACAACGACACAGUGGUCAUUACCGUCCUGGACGCAAUGUUCAUGCUCAGAGAAGCCUGGGAUAGAGUCACACCAGCGUCUAUUGCUAACUGCUACAAACACGCCGGUCUCAGCGCAGACCCGACGGCAAUCAACGAGUUGGACUCGGACCAGGAAGACCCCGAGGACGACAUCCCACAGUCAACAAGCGAGUUCGUCGACUUCGACAGGGAUGUCACCUCGACAGAAUCACUGACGGAUUCCGACAUCAUCAGCGACGUCAUCAAUUCCAAGACAGCACCAACCGAUGAGUCCGACGAAGAUGAUCAGGAUCCUGCACCAGUGCCUGUCACUGCGAGCGAGGCACUGAAGGCAUGUGACUUAAUCAGGCGCUAUCUUCAGCAGCUCUCUUCGCACUCCGACGGCCAGAGGAAGGCCGCCGACGUGGAAUUGAUUGUUCAGAGACAAUUUCUGCAGAGUGUCUGUUCUAAGCAGAAGGGCAUAACUGAAUUCUUCAAGACUAUUUUCCACAUGAUCGUCACAUCGUGGAUCGCCCUCGGGGUUCCAGCAAGGGUGCUUAAGACACCAGAGAUAGAUAGAUUCUCCAAUAUGCUGGAGUGCACCGAUACCAGAGAGUCUCUCCCCGUCACAUUAAACAUGGAGUCAUCCGACAGUGUAGGGCCACUACAGGUGGUGUCCCUAGCACCGUCGGUCAACGUGGUGGACGGGGAGGACCCCCUGGUAGCAACAGGAGGGCGUCUCUGA